AAAGGAGUGACCCCGGCUCAGUGUAGCGCAGUGACGAUGGGAGAAGAAGAAAGUGUUGCAGCCUGAGAGAAGAGAAAGCGCUGAUCUGUUUCAAACAGCUGUUAUCGCUUAAACAACAAGCCCAUUGCACAGGUGUGUUUCUGCUGUGGAUCGGUCACCAUGACAACCAAGCGCAGACUUAUCACGGACUCGUUCAAAGUGGUGAAGAGAUCCAGAAAAGGAGGGAAGCGAGAGAAGAGCCCAACUCCUCCUCCUUCCCCACAGAAAGAGGCUGACAGAAUUAGAGAGGAGGAACUGGAGAAGCUCCGACAGUUUGACCUCGACUGGAGUUUUGGGCCCUGCACAGGUAUCAGCAGGCUGCAGAGGUGGGAGAGAGCAAAGCUUCAUGGUCUGAACCCACCUGAGGAGAUCAGAGACCUGCUGCUACAAACCCACGCCGACCCAGAGUACAACCUGGGCUUGUGGAGUGGAUAUCCUCUCUGAGGAGGACACAAACAAACUGCAGUCAAAACCAGGGUUUUUUUUACGUCAGCGUUUUAUAUGAAAAAGAAAAGAGGAAGAAACAAAUCUGUACAACAGCAACCAUGUUCCAGCGACUAAACCCUGCCGUUGUCUUUGUGUGUUUUAGUAGCUUGUAAUAUUUUUAAUAAACACAUUGAACCCAAA